AUGAAUAAUUUUAGUUUCAAAAAUAAUCCAUUAAAUUCAUUAUUUUAUGAAAUAAAAUCAUUAAUCAAUCAACAAGAUGGUAAUAAAUUAUCAACAAUAUUAUCGUUGGAAAAAUUUUCCUUAACAAAUGAAAUUCGUAAUGUAUUGUUGAAUGGAAAUUCAAAUUGGGAAAAUUCAUUGGGAAAAAUAUUGGAUACACCAUGGGAUGAUGUUGUUCAUUAUCAUUUUCUGUCAUUACAAUCAUUAUUAAGUGGUCGAAAUUAUUUAACAGCAUUUGGUGAUCAAUGUUCAAUGAUACAAUCAUUGGUUAAAGUUUUGACACAAUCAAAAGAAGAAAAUUGGAUGCUGCCGGUUGUUUAUGUUGCUGCAAUUGAACUUCGAAAAUUAGCCAUAUGUGCCGAUUCAAUGGCUUCAACCAAUACCAAUGCGAAAGCUGUCAAGCCGGAUGCUAACAUUGAAGAAGCAGCAUCACAAUUGAUGAGCCUGUUUCGUGCUUGUGCCAAUGAUUCUCGUACAUCGAUCGAAGUUAGUAAACGUAAAGGAAUGAUGAAUAUUAUCAAUCAAUUGUUUAAGAUUUAUUUUAAAAUCAAUAAAUUAAAUCUCUAUAAACCAUUGGUUCGAGCAUUGGAAAAUGCAAAUAUUGAUGAACAUUUUACAUUGGCCGAACGUGUUACUUAUUCAUAUUUUACUGGUAUGAAAUCAUUAUAUGAUUCGGAUUAUCGUAAAGCUGAUCGUUUAUUAAGUUUUGCCUUUGAACAAUGUCAACGAAAAAUGGAUAAAAAUCGUCGUAUAAUAUUGAUAUUUUUAAUACCAGUUAAAAUGUUAUAUUCCGGUUGUAUGCCAACCAAAACUAUUCUACAACAAUAUGAUCUACUACAAUUUGAUAGUUUAUGUGCAGCAAUUCGUGAAGGUAAUCUUUAUGAAUUUGAUCAGGCUAUCGAAACAAAUUCAGAAUUUUUCUACAAUUAUGGUAUUUAUUUUACAUUGGAAAAAUUAAAAAUAUUAGUUUAUCGUAAUAUAUUCAAAAAAGUGGCGAAAAUUGUUCAAACACAUCAAAUUGCAUUACAAUAUUUUGUCGAUGCUAUUAAUUAUUAUCAAUCAAAUCGUAAUCGAAUUGAAUUAGCUGAUGAUGAUAAAAUAACAUUGGAAGAAAUACAUUGCCUAUUGGCUAAUCUUAUUGCUGAUAAUAAACUAAAAGGCUAUAUUUCAUUACAGCAUCAAAAAUUGGUCAUAUCCAAACAGAAUCCAUUUCCAAAAUUAUCACCCGAUGUUUGAUUCAUUCAUUCAUUCAUUUAUUCUGAACAUUUUUUGUUUUGUUUUGAAUGUAAAUAUAAU